UAUAGACUAGUUAAAACUUCUGUUACGUACAUAUUAUUAUAGUGUGUCUUUUUAGAUUUUGGUCACGGACCUUACCCAGCAUGGCAGCAUUUGAUUCAAUCAUGUACUAGCUACAACAUUGCAAGUGAAAAGCCAUUAAGACAAAAGUCUAAUUCUAAUAUUGCAAGAUGUUAAUCUGCGUCAGAUACGACGCAUCUUUCAAUAUAUAUAGUUGCUUACUGAAACUCCUCAAAAUAUCUAACUGUCUUAGUUUAGUAAGAAUAAUUAUUUCACGAGUUGAAAAAGACAAAACUGAAUAUAUAUUCCACGAACACGAAGUGCAUGCGUCCCACCUACGCAGUACGCACAUCUGUUGCUUAACCUACUCAUCUUCUUUUCUGUUAUUCCUAUUAUACCCUCGUCUGCGCCCUUGUUCCUACACUUCUACAAGCCCAACUUCGUAACUUCACAUGUCCAAAAAUGUCUCACAAAGUCGCAAACCUAAAGACGUAUAUAAAAAACUCACCAACGAUUCCCAUAAUCACAGACCCUCAUCGCAUCAAACCAAUCUAAUGUCGUCUCUAGAAACCAAACCAGAUCAAAGACAAGGAGCUGAGAUCUUCAAUGGAGGAUCAACCUGCAAGCAAAAAGCAAACGAGAUCUUAUCGACCAUGAAUCUUCCCAAAGGACUCCUCCCUCUGGACAACAUGACAGAGAUCGGUCACAACAAAACAACCGGUUAUAUCUGGAUCAAGAUUAACAAGAACGUUCAGCAUCGGUUCAAGGCGAUAGGAAGAAACGUGUCGUAUGACUCGGAGGUCACUGCGUUCGUGGAGAAUCGUCGGAUGCGUAGUCUUACAGGGAUCAAGAGCAAAGAGCUUCUGCUUUGGGUUACGAUCUCUGAGAUCUUUGUUAAUGAUCAAGACCAAACGAAGAUUACUUUUGCUAACCCGACGGGACUGUCACGUACUUUCCCUAUUACUGCUUUUGAGGAAGAAGAGAAGUGAUUUGUCAACGGUCUAGAACUUUGCUUUUAUUAGCCUUUUUUCUUUAUUUCGUUCCUUCUCUUUGCUUGGCUAUGUAUUGUUUAUCUGCGUCUUUCCGGUUACAAUAUGAUAAAAUAAUGUACUUGCUUUUUAAUAUAGUUCUUAUUGUUCUAAUUUGUAGAAAUCUACUUGCUUCUUAAUAUAGUUCUCAUUGUCCUAA